AUUUGCGCUUUUCGAAUUUUGUUGCGACAUUCUAGUAAAAGGUAAAGGGCAAAGGCGGUCUUUUUACGCUGUUCCGAGGGCGGGCGGCCUAUAUAGGUGGCUCUGCGAAACCGAUGCUCACUCUUGAACCGAUCUUGUGUUUUCGUCAAAUUCGAAAGAGGAAAUCUCGGCCAUAGAUUCCUCAUCUUCUGGGCUUCCUUUUCCCUCUCUCCCUCUCUCCCUCUCUCGCUAUAUGUAGUUGAAUCUCAUACGAUUGUUUGCUUUUCCGUCUCUCUGCUUGCCAGACAGUGAGCCACUGGAGAGAACGGAGAAGAGGCUGAGUAGAGGAUUUAUGUUGGUGGGUUUUGGAUUGGCAGUGAUUGGGGCUCUGUUGCAGCUCUGGGUUGUGUCUGUUUCACCUUCUUCUUCGCUAUCAUCGUCUUCUUUGGCAUCUGCUCCUUGCUCUGCUGUGUUCGGUGCUCUCUGCUUCAUGCUUUUGCGCUGCUUCUGGCUGCGGUCAAAUCUGGUUUCUUCGUCCGCUUCGAUGAGUUUGAGGUCAAAAAGGACUUGUUCUGGCGUCGAGUGCUUUGGGGGUUUUCACAUAAAACGAUUUUCCGUUCUCUUCUUGUUCUUGAGAGGGGGUCUCACUUGAUAUCGCUCUGGUCUUACGCCGAUUUGUUUACUUUUUGGCCUUUUCAGUUUAGUUUUUCCUCUUGAAGGUAUUUAUUUUCAUUAAACUUAAAGUUCGAGGGCAUCGUUGAGGGGGGGUUUUGGUGAGGGUUUUACGGUCACAGAAAUGCCGGAGCCUGUGAUUCAGCCUCUAGACCACAGCAAUCUCUUCAUGAAACCGAAGAUGAUGCCAAGGUUCACUGGAGACUUCAAAAUGGCGAGGAAGAUCCGUGUGUUCUGUCGAGAUCCUGAAGCGACGGACGAUUCCUCAAGCGAAGACGAAUGGGACUACCCGAAAGCUGAUCCGAAGCUUUUUGUUCGGGAAAUCAAUCUCCCCGUCUUGUACUCCCACCGUGCCAGUGACCUUCAAACUGAGAUCUCUUGCCAAGAUAGCAACAACGGCUUCAAAAACCCUGAAAAGAGGAAGAGGGUCUCGGCAAAAGCCGAGGCGGGCACGAAGAGAAAGCCAUCUAAUUCGCCUUACAAGGGCGUCCGGCAGAGAAAAUGGGGAAAGUGGGCUGCCGAGAUUCGAGACCCGUUUAACCGAGGGUCCCGGGUUUGGCUUGGAACCUACAAUACGCCUGAGGAAGCUGCAAAAGCCUACGAGAACAAGAGGCUUGAAUUCGAGGCUCUGGCAGCAGCUGGUUCGGCUGCUAAGGCAGAAGACGCAUCCUUCUCUCACUCACACAACAGACCAUCCACUUCUGAGGACUCGGGGAGCGUCCUGUCCCACACUUCUCCGGCUUCGGUCCUCAAUCUGGAGACUUCCGCUUCUAACUCGAUCAAAGAAGCCAUUGCCGGUGCCAAUGAGGAGAAUUUGGAGAAGCCCUCCUUGGAACUCGUGGAGGAGCCAUUGCUGUUGCUGGAUGAUGCAGCCGUUGAGAAUUUUGACCUCGGGAGGGAGUUUGAAUCGCUGUUCAAGGACGACUUCGGGGGUCUCUUGGAUGAUUUCUGCGGCUUUGAUGAUAUACCCUUAUGCGGAUUGGGCGACAACGAGUCGAGCGAGCUGCCUGAUUUCCAUUUCGACUUGGAAUUUGGCCAUUGGCUAGAGGAACCACCACCCCUUAAUAUUGCAUGCCCAUAAGUUUUGCAGCCAUAGGGAAUAUUAGUAUCAAUAAGUAGCAUUGACGAUGAAGCAAUGUUUAUCUAUUUUAUUAGCGAGUACAGGCUCAAGAACUGGGGAAUUGAGUUCUUGGGAGAGUGGUUUUGUCAUUGGGAGGUUCAAUUUAUUCGUUUGUAACUAGGGAGAGAGGGUGUGUGAGGAGGGAUUGAGUGAGCUUUGGGGGAGAAUCCUUUUUGGGUUUUCUUGUGCUAUUUGAGCCGUCCAGAAGGGGUCAAUUCUUUUUCUUCCCUUUGCGAGAGAGAGUACUUUGCAAUGUCCUGACAUCUUGGGAGGAGAAAGACUUCAAAUCUCCUGCUCACGCAUGUUCUGUUUUGCUCUCUAAAGUCUGAAUAUUUAUUGUCUGAUCAUUGGUAAUUUGAGAUGGAAAAACUUUUGUCCGGCUGAA